AUGGCUUCUGCCUGGGGCCUUUACCCUCUUCCAAUUGAUCGCUUCCAAAGCGUCUUUCGGCUGAGAAAGCCAUGGUCCUCGCCAAUCCCCCAAUUCAUCCUGGACACAAACCACCCCUGGCUCGCGACCAACAAGGCCUGGCUCUCCCGCUACCCAAACGUCGCCGAAGAAAUCUGCUCCCGAGACUCCCCCCUCUGGGCAUCCCCCGCCUCGCCCGAGCAUGCGCUGCCCGCAGACCUCUUCACCAACCUGCUCAUUGACAACAACAGUGCCGGGAUCUGCGACAGCCGACUGGGCUGGCCCAACGUCCGCGACCGGUUGCAGGAGAUGGCCGCCUGCGAGGCCAGUCUGGCGGGCGUGCGGAGCUUGCAUGUCGACGUGUCGGUCGCCGACGACAAGUGGUCGGAUUAUAUCGAGACCACGCUGCCACCGCCGGGAAUUCCGGAGUCCUUUGCGGAUGUGCUCUCACAGAUGAGUAACCUGGAGAGGCUCGACUGGGGUAUCAGCAGAGAGGCAACGCAGGAGUUUGAGUCUGCCUUCGUGGCAAAGGGCUUAAUGCUUCCGAGCGUCAAGUACCUCCAGCCAGGUGCCGGGAGUGAUUAUCUCGUCUCGCGAUGUCCUAAUGUGGAGGUGCUGGAGGCGGGAUCUUAUUCUCACCAUUGGAGCUGGAGCAGCGGCAAGGGCCAGCGCCUUGCACUGAUCAAAGCAUCGACGGGAAUGGAGAGUCUCAAGGAGUGGCGACUCGCAGCACAAUGGGACGGCUGGACGUUGGGCAUGCUCCAGAGUAUCUUUCGAGCUACUCCGAACAUCACCACUCUGCACAUGGAAGGCCCUUUACGUGUCCCUGACGAAGUUUUGACGGGUCUAAGAGCCGGCAAGUAUCCGUACCCUGAAUACCAACAGGAGACCAUAAAGGCAUAUCUCAAUGUCCUCGCACUCUUCCCGAACCUCGAAAAUCUGCACCUCCCUGCUUCUUCCAACCUAGAAUUGGGUUUCGACGGAGGGCCUUGGUGCGGAAAUGCAUACGACGGGCCAAGCGGCAGAGCCUACGGGCGAAGGGUCGUACAAGAAGACGCGGAGACAACCGAGCUUGCGGCAAAUAUCACCAUGAGUAUACUACCUCAUCUGAAAAGCCUGAGCAUUGGCUGGGACAGUGCAAACCUCACGCUCAAUAGUCAUGGGCUACCAGACAUGACGUGGCCGUGGACAGGGAGGAUGGAGCAAUAUACUUACGAGAUAUGGGAGGAGUGA